AUGAGCUUGGUGCAGCUUUUCGUGCCGACUGAAGUUGCCCACGACACCGUUGCAGAGCUCGGAGAAUUAGGAGAUGUACAGUUCAAAGAUUUGAACCCGAAUGUCAACCCUUUCCAGCGGUCGUUUGUUGGCGAAAUCCGACGAAUCGAGGAUAUGGGCCGUCGUGUUCGAUUUUUCGCGGCACAGAUUGCGAAAGAGAAGGACGUGGUGCCUAUUCGUUCGUUGUAUGACUCGCCCCCUCUCGUCACCGUCGGCCCCCGUGCUGCGCAGGCGAUUGAUGAGCUCGACACGACUUUGGCCGAACAUGAGAAGAGGCUAGUUAAGAUGAAUGAAAGUUACGAGACGUUAAGUGAGAGGGCGAAGGAGCUGAUUGAGGCACGACAUGUGUUGAGGGAGACGGCCGUGUUUUUCGACAAGGCCCAGGGUCACCAAACGGAUAUCCGCUCCUCUUUCGAUGACAGUGUUACCCCUUUGCUUCAAGACGACCAUGAAGCUGCCAUUUCUCACUCCAAUAUGCAAUUUGACCUUGAGUUUGUUGCUGGAACUAUUGAACGUUCCCGGAUGCCGACUUUUGAGCGUGUGCUCUGGCGUGUUCUCCGCGGUAACCUUUAUAUGAACCACACGGACAUCCCUGAGCCCUUCGUCGACCCUGCUACUGGAAAUGAAAUCCGCAAAAAUGUGUUCAUCAUCUUUGCACACGGAGAUACUCUGCUCGCCAAGAUUCGCAAAGUUGCUGAGUCUAUGGGAGGCACUCUUUAUCCCAUUGACCCGAACGCGGACAAGCGGUCCGAGUCUCUUCGUGAAGUUUCCAACCGCCUCGAAGAUACACAGACGGUCCUUUACAACACUGGAUUGAAUAGGCGUUCAGAGUUGAUGACAAUCGGCCAGAGUCUCCGCAGUUGGCAAGAUGUUGUGAAAAAAGAAAAGAUGAUCUAUGAAACCUUGAAUCUUUUCAACUACGAUGUCCGUAGGAAGACGUUGAUUGCAGAAGGAUGGGUUCCCACUAGAGACAUUACCCAAAUCCAACUGGCCCUGCGUUCCGCGACCGAGGGUGCAGGAACAAGUGUUCCUCCUAUCUUGCACGUGUUGACCACGCACAAGACGCCGCCUACUUUCCACCGGACUAACAAGUUUACUGAAGGUUAUCAGACUAUUAUGGAUGCCUAUGGUAUUUCAGCAUACCAAGAGGUCAACCCCGGAUUGUUCGCUAUCAUCACAUUCCCCUUCCUGUUCGCCGUCAUGUUCGGUGAUAUUGGCCACGGAACGAUUAUCUUCCUUGCAGCUCUGUAUAUGAUUCUCUCAGAAAGGAAGAUGGCCAAAGCCGAUCUCGGAGAAAUUAUUGGACAAUUCUUCUACGGGCGAUACAUCAUCUUGUUGAUGGGCGUCUUCUCUAUUUAUACCGGUCUUAUCUACAACGAUAUAUUUUCGAAGACACUCCAUCUGUGGCAUUCUGCGUGGUCGUUUGAUGACACGAACUCGACAGUCGUGUCAGGAGUCCUCGGCGACCAUCGGUACCCUUUCGGUUUGGACCCUGGAUGGCAUGGUGCCGAUAACGCACUCGUGUUCACGAACUCGUACAAGAUGAAAAUGUCAAUUGUGUUAGGCGUGAUUCACAUGACAUUCGCGCUGUGCUUGCAAGUACCAAAUCACUUCAAGUUUAAACGUUAUUCGGACCUGUACACGAAUUUCAUUCCGCAAAUGAUUUUCCUACAGUCUAUUUUCGGUUAUCUAGUUGUUUGCAUCUUGUACAAGUGGUCGAUUGAUUGGUCGAAAGCGACAACGCAGCCUCCGUCGCUUUUGAACAUGUUGAUCACGAUGUUCUUGCAACCAGGGACGGUUGAGGCGAGCACCCAAUUAUACCGUGGUCAGGGAACGGUGCAAGUGAUAUUGUUGUUGUUGGCCUUGGUAUGUGUGCCCUGGUUAUUACUUACGAAACCGUAUCUCGCCUGGAAAGAAAUGCACAAAAUCCAAGGUCAGGGCUACAUGUCUAUCGGCCACGACGGAGGCGCGUUGGAUGAUGUUCAUCCCAAUACCGCAGGUGUCCGGCUUGAAGAUGAGGAAGAAGGACAAGCGAUGAUACAAGACGGGGACGGGGAGGAAGAACAUCAUGAUUUUGGAGAGGUGGUUGUGCACCAGGUCAUCCACACCAUCGAAUUUUGCCUCGGUUGUAUUUCGCAUACGGCUUCGUACCUGCGUCUGUGGGCUCUGUCCCUUGCACAUGCGCAGCUCUCGGAAGUUCUUUGGAGCAUGACCCUGGAGAGAUUCCUCGGGCCGACAUCGAUUUUCGGAUGGAUUAUGCUGAUCAUUAUGGGCUGUUUCUGGUUUGUACUGACUGUGGGCAUCUUGUGUGUGAUGGAGGGACUAUCGGCGUUCUUACAUGCACUCCGGUUGCAUUGGGUGGAAGCCAACAGUAAGCAUUUCGAAGGCGGGGGACAUUUUUGCGAGUCAGGAGGCAGAGAAAUGAAGCGGGAAUGCUCCGCGGUCUCGCUGGCAAGUGGGUUGGGGCCUUUGCCAGCCAUUAACGACUUAGACAACUCUUCGAUUAUAUCCCCACAAAAGAUAUUAGAAAUGCCCGCCGCUGUUGCCUCCGCUGCCGCCGCCUCCACCCCCGCCUCCCUCAAAGCCGCUGUUGCUCCCAUCGAGGGCCAGCUGGACAUCACCGGUCUCUUCCAGGCCGACAAGUCCACCCGCGAAGCUGCUGCCAAGUCUCUGGCCGCUAUCGCCCAAAAAGACGGCCCCUCCGCCCUGACUUCCCUCAAAUUUGGCGAUGCUAUCGUCAAGGCUAUUGCCGACAAAAAAUCCCCUGCCGCCCGUGAGGGCGCUGCGGAUGCCAUCUCCGCCCUUGUUAAGAACGGCGCUGUCAAGUCUUUGGAGCCAAUCUUCAUCGACUCUGGCAUCUACAAUGCCCUCCUCGAGACCUUUGCCGACAAAAUGCCCGCUGUCAGGACAGCUGCUGUUGAGGCCGUGCGUCUUUACAUUUCCGCCAUGAACCCCUGGGCUACUUCCCUCAUCCUCCCCGCCCUUCUUCACGAGAUCAAGACCGCCGGUAAAUGGCAGGUCAAGAUGGGCUCUCUCGUCGCUCUCGACCAGCUCGUUGUCAGCGCCCCCGUCCAGACCGCCCGCCUUAUGCCCGACAUCGUCCCCGUUCUCUCUGAGGCGAUUUGGGAUACCAAGGCCGAUGUGAAGAAGGCUGCUCGUGAAUCGCUGACCAAGGCCACCGCUCUGGUGUCAAACAAGGACAUUGAACGCUUUAUUCCUGCUCUUAUUAAGGCUCUUAUUAAUCCCGUUGAGGAGGUCCCUGGUACCAUCGCCCUCCUCUCGGCCACCACAUUCGUUUCUGAAGUAGAUUCGCCUACCCUCUCCCUCAUGGUCCCCCUGCUCUCCCGUGGUCUUUCUGAGAAGCUUACCGCCACCAAGCGCAAGGUCGCUGUCAUUGCUGACAACAUGGCUAAGCUCGUCGACUCCCACGUCACUGUCCGACCUUUCAUCCCUAAACUCCUUCCCGGAUUCAUCAAGGUCGAGGGCACCAUCGGUGACCCCGAAGCGCGCAGUGUCGUCGCUCGCGCCAUCGCCACCCUCCGUCAAGUUGGACAGGUUCCCGCUGACAGCGAUGGUUCAGAUCUCCCUCCUCUUCACCACGCUGACGAGAAGCAGCUCGCCCACUCCCUCAUUGCCAUCUACAAGAAGCUCGGCACUACCAUCUCUGCUGGCAAUGUCGACACCAUGUACGCUUCUUCCCUGGCUGCCAAUCUCGUGAACGCCAAGAACUUUGAUGUUCCCGAGUGGGAUGGCCUUGCUCCUUACCUCGCCUUCGUCGCCUCCACCCCCGACCCCAUUACUGUCGCUCGCGAGUGGGUUGUCCGUUCCGCCACCGAAGGAACUGAUGACGGCGAAGUCCCUGAGGAUGAGGAGGAGGGCGAGGACCUUUGCAACUGCCAGUUCUCCCUGGCUUAUGGUGCUAAGAUCUUGCUCAACACCGCCACCCUCCGUCUCAAGCGUGGACACCGCUACGGUCUCUGCGGUAAGAACGGUACCGGAAAGUCGACCCUCAUGCGCGCCAUCACCAACGGCCAGGUCGAGGGCUUCCCCUCCCCUGAUGAGGUCCGCACUUUCUACGUCGAGCACGAUAUCGACGGCUCCGAGGAGGAGACCUCUGUCCUCCAGUUCAUCCUCGACGACAAGCGUGUUGAGGUCAGCCGUGAGGAGAUCGUCGAGACCCUCGCCUCUGUCGGAUUCUCCGAUGAGCGCCAGAAGCACGCCAUUGGCAGUCUUUCUGGUGGUUGGAAGAUGAAGCUCGCCCUUGCUCGUGCCAUGCUGUUCAAGGCCGACAUUCUCCUUCUCGAUGAGCCCACUAACCAUUUGGAUGUCGUCAACGUCGCCUGGUUGGAGAACUACCUCACCAACCUCAAGACCUGCACUUCCAUCAUUGUGUCUCACGACUCUGGCUUCCUUAACAACACCAUCACUGACGUUCUCCACUUGAACCGCUUCAAGCUCAAGAGGUACCGUGGUAACCUCGAGAAGUUCGUCCAGCAGGUGCCUGAGGCUAAGUCCUACUACACUUUUGAGGCUGCCGAGGACUACAAGUUCAAGCUUCCCGACCCCCCUCUCCUUGAGGGUGUCAAGACCAAGGAGAAGUCCCUCCUCAAGAUGCGUCAAGUUGGAUUCCAAUACCCAACUCAGCCCGUCCAACAGCUCUAUGACAUCACCCUCCAAGUUUCCCUCUCCUCCCGUGUUGCCGUCCUUGGUCCCAACGGUUCCGGAAAGUCAACCCUCGUCAAGCUCCUCAUCGGCGACAUGGAGCCCAACAAGGGUGGUGAGAUCUGGAAGCACCCUAACUUGGUCAUUGGUUACGUUGCCCAGCACGCUUUCCACCACAUUGACCAGCAUCUCGACAAGACUCCUCUCGAGUACAUGCUUUGGCGUUACCAGACCGGAGAGGAUCUCGAGGAGAUGAUGAAGGCUAACCGCGUCAUCACCGAGGAGGAACAGGCCAAGAUGAAGGAGGGUGCCAACAUCGUCGUCGAGGGUCAGAAGCGCAUCAUCGACGAGAUCAUCAACCGUAAGAAGCUUAAGCAGUCUUACGAGUACGAGGUCUCGUUCAAGGGUCUCUCCUCGUCCGAGAACAUCUGGAUUCCCCGUGAUGACCUCAUCAAGCGCGGUUUCGAGAAGAAAGUCCUCGAGGUCGAUACCCGUGAGGCUCAGCGCGCCGGUAUGUUGCGCCCUCUCGUCCGUCGCGAGAUCGAGAAGCACUUCGCCGACUUCGGUCUCGAGGCCGAGUUCGUCUCCCACAACACCAUGAGGGGUCUCUCUGGUGGUCAGAAGGUCAAGAUCGUCCUCGGUGCUGCUACUUGGCGUCGUCCCCACGUUAUCUGCCUUGACGAACCCACUAACUACCUCGAUCGUGAGUCGCUCGCUGCCCUCAUCGAGGCCCUCAAGGUCUUCGAGGGAGGUGUCCUCGUCAUUACCCACAACAGGGACUUCUCCGAAUCCAUCUGCAAGGAAGUCUGGGCUAUGCGCGAUGGUCGUCUCGAGGCUUCCGGCCACAACUGGGUUGAGGGACAGGGCUCUGGUCCCCGCAUCGACAAGGCUGCUGGUGAGGAGGAGGACCAGUACGACGCUAUGGGUAACAAGAUCGACAGUAAGAAGACGAAGAAGCUUACUUCUUCUGAGGCUCGUAAGCUGAAGAAGGAGCGUAUGGCCCGCAAGAAGAGGGGCGAGGAAAUCACCGAUGAUGAGCUCUGA